CUCUUAAGUCUAAUGGUGGCGCGGUGAUCCCAAGCCAAAUGUUGAGCUGCGUGAGCUUUGGGGGGCAAUCUGUAAGCAGAAUUGUCUGUGCCAGCCCAUUGAUAGCCGGCCGUCGACCUCCGAUCGCCUCAGCUCUGAAAUUGAAUUCCGCCCAAAUUCAACCAGAACGACAAACACAAAGCGCCCUCCACUCCACUCAUCGGAGCAAUUUUCCAGUCGCGACAGAGAUGGAACCUCCGAUCGAACAACAGCAAUCAGGGAACUCCUCCUUGGGCGGUGGUUUUCUCGCCAAGAAACCCUACGAGCCUCCUUCCUGGGCCUCCCAUCUUAACCCUAUACCUUCUCACGUCUUCUCCCUCGGACAUGUACACGCACUCUGUCAAUAUAUAUCAUUUAUAUAUAGAUGGAACCUCCCUAAUUUGCCGAGGAAUACUCAAGUUUGGCUGAAGCGUGAUGACCUUUCAGGAAUGCAAUUGAGUGGUAACAAGGUCAGGAAGCUGGAAUUCUUGUUGGCAGAUGCCGUGGCACAGGGGUCUGAUUGCAUUAUAACAAUAGGAGGCAUUCAAAGCAAUCAUUGUCGUGCAACUGCUGUUGCUGCCAAGUACUUGAAUCUAGAUUGUUACCUAAUACUACGCACCUCAAAGGUUACUUCUUUGCCAUUUCAGAAAACUGUUACUUGUUUUUUGGAGGAAAUUUCAGCUUUGUUUCUUCAUAUGCUGCAGGUUCUUGUGGAUAAAGAUCCUGGACUGACAGGGAAUCUCUUAGUUGAGCGUUUAGUUGGAGCACAUAUCGAUCUUGUUUCAAAGGAAGAAUAUGCAAAAGUUGGGAGCUUGUCUCUUACUAGUUUGCUUAAAGAAAAGUUGCUAAGGGAAGGGAGAAGGCCAUAUGUCAUUCCAGUCGGAGGAUCAAAUUCCCUUGGAACCUGGGGCUAUAUAGAAGCAGUUAGGGAGAUCGAGCAUCAGGUCCAGGUUGUGAAUAGCAAAGAACGCUUUGAUGACAUUGUUGUAGCAUGUGGCAGUGGGGGAACAAUCGCUGGUUUGGCGAUUGGAUCAUGGCUGAGUAACCUGAAGGCAAAAGUUCAUGCAUUUUCUGUAUGUGAUGAUCCUGAUUACUUCUAUGAGUAUGUUCAAGGUUUACUUGAUGGACUCCAGGCAGGUGUUAGGUCGCGUGAUAUAAUUGACAUUCAAAACGCCAAGGGGCUCGGCUAUGCAAUGAACACCUCUGAGGAACUUAAAUUCAUCACGGUAGUUGCUGAAGCCACUGGAGUUGUUCUUGACCCUGUUUACAGUGGAAAAGCUGCAUAUGCAAUGGUGAAAGACAUGGUCGAGUAUCCAAGCAAGUGGGAGGGAAGGAAGAUCCUUUUCAUACACACUGGUGGUCUUCUGGGCUUGUUCGACAAGACUGACCAGUUAUUGCCAUCGGUAGGAAGCUGGCGUAAAAUGGAAAUCCACGAAUCCAUCCCGCGGAAGGAUGGCAGUGGGAAAAUGUUCUAGGCUUGUGCAAGAAGCAGCGGUUGCAGCUUUUCAAUGAAAUCAGGGGAAUAUGAUAUGAAUGUUCCAGAAAGGAUUUUAUUAUGAUGAAAACCAACUUUUUAUUUGGGACAGUUGAUUCAAUGAGUGCCUUUUUUUUGGUUAA